CUCUAAUUAGUGCGCGCGGACCUCUGAGUGAAGGUGGAGGUUUUUGCCCCUCGCUGCCGCGCGUCUCAGCGGCAACUUGUUCAAUGGAAACUUUGAAAAACAUAGGAAAUAUGUGGCACUUUGCAAAAAUACUUUAGAGUAAAUGAUGCUGCCGAACUCUCCCGAUGUCUGACGGGGGGGAGGAAAGCGACGGCGGCGGGAGAGCACAUCUGUCGGAGUCUCCCUCGCCGCCUCUCUCUGUCAGUCUUCCCCGAGGAUCUCCUUCCACUUCGCGGCCCUUGGACUUCUUCUCCUCAGCCUCUCCACUGCUUGGGGAAUCGGACCCGCCUUUUCUCGCCUCCUCAGAGUGUCUGCACCCGUCUCCAGAGACCCGGGAACUCGGGGGCUCCACGCAUUUCACCCCGCCAAAGUUCCGCCAGCGUGCCGUGGACUCCGGGUGUACCUCUCGCUCGCGGCCGGAUGUGCGGAUAGAUGUCGGACAUGAACAGCACGAUGACCCGCUUCCCAUAUGGAGGGGACGCGGCGCGGAGAGCACUGAGCGCCUUCAGCACCGUGGACAGAGGCUGUACAGGGCUCCGGAGCUCUCGGAGUACGGGAACCACUUCUCUGCUGAGCACAUAGAGACUGAGUUCAGCUCAGACAGCAGGCAAUCAGUGGAAGCCAUGCAUCGUCGGCACACCACACUGAGGGAAAAGGGGCGUCGCCAGGCUGUGCGGGGUCCUGCCUACAUGUUUAAUGAGCGCGGCUCUGCUCUCACUGCAGAGGAGGAACGUUUUCUGGAUGCUGCAGAGUAUGGCAACAUUCCUGUGGUGCGCAAAAUGCUAGAAGAGUCCAAAACACUGAACUUUAACUGUGUGGACUACAUGGGCCAGAAUGCUCUACAGCUGGCAGUGGGCAAUGAACACCUGGAAGUGACGGAGCUGCUGCUGAAAAAAGAUGGCCUGGCUCGGAUCGGGGACGGCCUUCUCCUGGCCAUCUCCAAAGGCUACGUCCGAAUAGUCGAGGCCAUUCUCGGCCAUCCUGCUUUCGGUGGAGGUCUCCGUCUGGCUUUGAGCCCUCUGGAGCAAGAGAUGCGAGAUGAUGACUUCUAUGCAUACGACGAGGAUGGAACACGUUUUUCCCAUGACAUCACACCCAUCAUUCUGGCAGCUCAUUGCCAGGAGUAUGAGAUUGUUCACAUCCUUUUGACGAAGGGGGCCCGCAUAGAAAGGCCUCACGACUACUUUUGUAAAUGCUUAGAAUGUGUGGAGAAGCAGAAGAAGGACUCCUUCAGUCACUCACGCUCAAGGAUGAAUGCGUACAAGGGCCUGGCCAGUGCAGCCUACCUGUCGCUCAGCAGCGAGGACCCUGUGCUCACAGCCCUGGAGCUCAGCAACGAACUGGCGAGGCUCGCCAACAUUGAAACAGAGUUUAAGAAUGACUACCGUAAGUUGUCCAUGCAGUGCAAAGACUUUGUGGUGGGUGUGCUGGACCUUUGUCGAGACACAGAAGAAGUUGAGGCCAUUUUGAAUGGAGAUGUGGACCUAUGCCCACCAAGUCCCUACAACCGGCCCUGCCUCAGUCGCGUCAAGCUGGCCAUCAAAUAUGAAGUCAAAAAGUUCGUUGCACAUCCCAACUGCCAGCAGCAGCUGCUCACUAUCUGGUACGAGAACCUACCCGGCCUGAGGCAGCAGUCCGUCGGCGUGAAGUGCUGGACAGUCCUGGGGGUAACCGUAGGUCUCCCCUUCCUGGCUAUUGCCUACUGGAUAAUGCCAUGUAGCAAGCUUGGUCAGAUCCUCCGCAGUCCCUUCAUGAAGUUUGUGGCUCACGCCGUCUCCUUCACCCUCUUCCUCGGCCUGCUGGUCGUCAAUGCUUCAGACCGCUUUGAGGGCGUGAAGAACCUGCCCAACGAGACCAUCACAGACCACCCCCGACAGGUUUUCAGGGUCAAAACCACGCAGUUCUCAUGGACAGAGAUGUUGAUCAUGAAGUGGGUGUUGGGUAUGAUUUGGUCAGAAUGCAAGGAGAUUUGGAGCGAUGGGCCCAGGGAGUACAUCAUGCACCUUUGGAACGUUCUGGACUUUGGCAUGUUGUCCAUCUUUGUGGCGUCCUUCACGGCACGUCUCAUGGCGUUCCUGAAGGCAUCUAAAGCCCAGCAGUAUGUAGACAUGCAUGUGCCAGAUGAAGACCUCAGCAAUGCCUCACUGCCUGACGAAGUGGCUUACUUCACCUACGCCAGGAACAAGUGGCGCCCCUCUGACCCUCAGAUCAUCUCAGAGGGUUUGUACGCCAUCGCCGUGGUGCUGAGCUUCUCACGCAUCGCCUACAUCUUGCCAGCCAACGAGAGCUUCGGCCCGCUGCAGAUCUCUUUGGGACGGACCGUCAAAGACAUCUUCAAGUUCAUGGUCAUCUUCAUCAUGGUGUUUGUUGCCUUCAUGAUUGGGAUGUUCAACCUCUACUCCUACUAUCUUGGGGCCAAAUACAAUCCAGCUUUCACCACGGUGGAGGAGAGCUUCAAGACUCUGUUCUGGUCCAUCUUCGGGCUGUCUGAGGUGAUCUCUGUGGUGCUGAAAUACGACCAUAAGUUCAUAGAGAACAUCGGCUACGUGCUUUACGGAGUCUAUAACGUCACCAUGGUGGUGGUUCUCCUCAACAUGCUCAUUGCCAUGAUCAACAGCUCGUACCAGGAGAUAGAGGAGGAUGCAGACGUGGAGUGGAAGUUUGCCCGCGCCAAGCUCUGGCUGUCCUACUUUGACGAGGGUCGGACCCUGCCUGCCCCGUACAAUUUGGUUCCCAGUCCCAAAUCCUUCUACUACCUGGUCCUCCGCAUCAAGUCGUGCCUGAUACACCUGUGCAAGGCCAAUGGCCGCCGCCACAACAAUGAGGUGGAGAUGGGCAUGCUCCACACACAGGCCAAGGAUGAGCGGUUUAAGUCUUACGCACGAUCGGGAGAGGAGUUCAUCCAGAGAAAAGCUCGAAAACACCCGACCAGAUAUCAGAAGAUCAUGAAGCGGCUUAUUAAACGUUACGUGCUGAAAGCUCAAGUGGACAAAGAAAGCGACGAAGUGAAUGAGGGCGAGCUGAAGGAGAUCAAGCAAGACAUUUCCAGCCUCCGCUAUGAGCUGCUGGAGGAGAAGUCCCAGGCCGCUGGGGAGCUGGCUCUGCUCAUCCAGCAACUCGGCGACAAGUUUGGCAAAAACACCAUGAGACACUGACAGGCCUUGCACGACGGGGGAGGGAGGGAGGAGGGGAAGGUUGGUGUAGAAAGCAGAUUCGGGCCAGGUAGUUCACGACCUCGGUGGGAAGACGAGAGACAACGGAGAGGCAGGAUGUUUAUGUGAAUGGACAGGAUGAACGGAGAGUAGUUAGCAGCUUAAAAUAUCGAAACUGUGCYGAGUUAAAAAUGAGCUAGCUUUAGAUAAAAAAACCCCAAGUGCUUUGGACGCAAAAUGACCAAUUAGAGAAGAACAGUAGAAGACUAUUGUAACUGCAACCCAGCGUGAGGUUAGGAAAGUAAACUCACUCGGAAGGACUUUGUAUUGACAGCUCAAUUCUAAUUAGAGGGAAAGAUAGAGAUGGAGUAAGAAGGAGAAGACAAGUGUGAGGAGGAUAUGAAGAGACACCAUGGGGAUCAACAACGAUGCAGCGCAGCAAUGAGGGCCCCACACCCACUGCCAGAAGAUAUCAGUGCUUCAGCUUAUCACCAAUUUAGAGGAGAGAGGGGGAAUCCAGCAAAGGGGAGACGCUGGAAGGGCAAGAGGAUGAGGAGAAACUGCUAGUGGUACUCACAGCAGAGAUGCCUGCUACGUACCAUAUUUUUAAUUGGUCAGCUGAAGUGCUGACGCUGGUUGAGAUCAUGCACACACCUUUAUACACAAGGCUGUCUAAUUAAUGCAGUUCCAAUCCACAAUGCACAACCUAUGAUACAAGUCGAAGGCAGGAAAAUUUAUUCAUUGCACUGAUGUUCAACUCUUUACAGAAACCGUUUGACGAGUAAGAUGUUGUUUUUGUAUCUCUUAGAAAUGAACGGAAGGUCCCAAACACAACCAGAUAAUUGAGUGAUGGAUGCACUAAGUCAGCAUGAAAAGAUAACGUGGUUAUUUCAACUGACCUGCAGACAUUUUGCAAAUAUAAAYGAAGACAAAAAAAAAGAAAAUGUGCAUCCCUUAUACAGCCUGGAAAAUAGGAAUUGAACAACGUCAACAUUUUUCACAGUAGAUGUUUUUCUACUAUUGGCCUGAAGUUCACAUUGUAAAUAGCAACCAAAGUAAUCCACACAUGAAAAUGAAAACAAACCUGUCUUUUAUAUUCAGAUUCUUAUCCAAAAUGUUGUGGGAUGUUUCUCCAUUUGAUCUGGAUUCAUUUAUAAAAUGUAGGCAAAUAUCCUACGGCUCCCACACUAAAAAGAGAGAUAUUUGCUUCAUGUGAUGYCUUGGUGAUGAGACAUUUCUUCAGAGCUUUAGAAUAACUAAUAUCAAUUAGCACUGACAGGAGAUGUGAUUACUUUCUAAAUACAAACACGUUCUUUGCUUGUUGAUUCAGUUUUGUUUCCUUUCUAAAUUGUUUUGAUUUCAAAAUAUGUAGAAGUUGAUUGGGUUGUUACCAACAUYUGAUAUCACUUUAAUGUAAGUAAACCGCUUGAAAAUAUAGGUACUGAGAAAAAUGUUAACGUGUUCAAUACUUACUUUUCUCUUCUGCGUUUCCUGAAAUUUACAUGACCCACUUUCAGAAAAUUAUCCGAAAUGUCAAAAYGCGUCGACAGAGUCGUGUUUACAGCUGUAAAAAUCCAGGAGUCGAUUUUUUAUGUUGUUUUUUUUYAAGGUGAAGCAGUGCAUUUGGGAGAUGAGAAAACCUUGCAAUGUGGGAAUUUAUUUUCACAUGCAUUGAUUUGGCUAUAAAGGUGAGAUUCUUUUACAGAAGCUGCAUGGAGUCAUUUUCUGGUCUAUUUUUUUCCUGUCCCCUGAGACUCUGCUGCACAGUGUUGAGACAUGAGCAGUAACAGUCUGUAGGCAACAACUGAAUUUUAGCUUUUUUUUWAUUCCAAGUAGCUGUUUAGUUUUGCAGAGUAACAACUUAGACUUYACGAUAAAAAUAAAUACUGGCAUGCGGUGCCUAAGCAGUUUGAAGAAAUUGUCAUAUUUUCUGAUUUAUGGUCUGUUCACAAUUAAAAAUAAAUAAAUCAUAACUAACAGCAAACAGGAUACAUUUUUGUGUUGAUAAACCUUUAURAAGAGACAACAAUUUGACUAGCAGCAACUAAAAUCWGCACUGUUGUAGCACGAGACGUUCAUGCAAAGAAAAACAAUAUUUGUCAUAUUUGCAUCUGAUGCGCUCAGAUUGUCAUCAAAUAUAAAAACCCUAAUAGRCUCGCACCACUUUUCCAAUAAUCUGAGGGUGACUGAACACGGGAACGCCACGUCUGAAUGAGCGCCCUGCUGCUUUGGGUAAAUCAAAAUGAGACAUUAAUCUCCCUGGGUCAGAUGUAAUAAUAUUUAUCUAACACUUUCAGCACRGCACAAGUUUCAACCUUUUUCCAAUGAUACUUCUUUASCCUUCUUGCAGCAUYUCCUACAGUUUAUGACAAUGGCAAACAUCUUUCUUGAUUUCACGUACUUUCUUUAAAUUGCUCAUGAGAGGCAAAUCAGAYAUUUUUUUCAAUAGACUGAGCAUAUAAAGGUAAAUAAUUUCAGCUGCUUACAUCUACAUGAGUGUACAUCCCAAUAAUUGUGCAAUUGUUAUUUUUUUAUGGCCACAUAUUUAUGUUUAAUCAUGUAAGAAAGCAACUUAGAUUAUUCCUGAUGAACACCAAACAUUACCCUUUGUACAAUUACCUGUUUUACUCAUGAAAUAUCAAGAAUAUGUUUUCUAGUUUAGGGAAAUGUUUAUGUUUACUUUAGUUCUGCUGACUUGUUUUCUUAGAGAGCAAAGCUUUCUUCCUAGCUCAUAUCCCACCGAAGUUGAGUUUCUUUCUGAUUUUAGAGACAUACAAUUUCAUAUAAACAGCAGCAAAGUCUUGCUGCAGGUCCCAUGCUGACAUKUUAGGGGUUUUGAAGAUUUACCAUCUGCUUUCAGGAUGAACUUGCUUAGAUAACCAGACCUUAGCAUGUUGGAAUUUACUUUGAAUCUCCUUCACUUUGUUYUUCGCAGUCCGGAGAAGACAAAACACUUGGUUCAAAAUGAACGGACCUUAAAAUGUUUUAAACAUUUCCACCUGAUUUGUUACAGAUGUCAAAUAUCUGUUUGUCCAAAUAUGUUCGGAAACUCACAGUUUUUCUAAAACUCAGUUUUUUUUUUAUAACUGUAUCUCUAAAUGAAGACAUGGCGACAUUUACUAUAAACUGAGUGCAAAGUGAAKAAUCCAUUAUUAUUUCUGUGUCAGCAACUUAAAGAAUCUGACUGCAUUGUGGAAAGAAUCUCUACAGAAAUAAACUUUUUUUCUGUUUGUUUCACUUCUCAGUCCAGUCUCAGUCGUCUCCUCUCUUUCAGUGUGCCUGCGUUAUUUGUGCCGUGACGCAGGUUGUGUGCUGUUUACAAAAAACAGAAGUCUCCCUGAUUUUCAUCUUCAUCUUCUGCCUGAUUUGCAUUUUCAGUCGCUCCAAAAUCCAAUAAAAGCAAUCUAACGGAACAGUGCAAACUGAGGCUCAGCACUUUCUUGACAUAAUUUUGAACCUGGGCGCCAUUAUUCCCAUCUUUCCAGCGCAGCUCAGUCGUAGCUCACUUUUYUUUUUGUGCACUCUGCUGCAACUUUUUAAAAGUUCAGAUGAAACGCUUCCCCUGCUGUUUCAUGCCAUUUUAGUAACAGCCUGAGCAGUGAAGCGUCUUAAGUUCCAACAACUGACGUCUGCAAUGAGUUAUUUAAAUUUUCCAAAUUAUUAAUUAUAUUUUCUAACCUGAUUAACUCUGUAACAUCUUCCUACCUACAGUAAAUGAAUUUGUUUCACCUACACAAAUGUCCUUUAUUUUAGACAAGAAAGUAAAACUCAAAAGUCUCUUCAUGUAGUAAUGUUACAUGUGAGAGCUACUGAUUGCUCUUAUUGUUUUUUUUUUUCUUUUUUUUUCUGGGUUUAUAAAAUCAGACAAGCUAUAAGAUUUGGCCAAGAGAAAGUUUUAUCAUUCCUAUACAACUAUUGUAUCUGAAAUACUGUAUUUUUGACUUGUAUGCGAGACAUACUGACCAAAAUCUUGUACUGUAUAUUGUCAUAUUUUUGAUCCUUGAAAUAAAUAUGCUCUAAACUGG